AUGAUCACCAGGCCAGCUUUGGUGAACGCAUGGUCGCCUGUGGCUUACGACCUGGUCAUACGACAGCAGCCGCUGGCAGCAAGAGCAUGCGGUUUCGGCGAGCGUGAUCGACGAGUCAUCGACCCCCCACCGAUCCUGCAGCUGACAAUCACCGAUUGUGCUACGAAAGCUCCACGCGCAGAUCAAGAGGCCAUCUUCGCCGUGACUUGCAAGCUGGCCAAAGCCGGUGAAGACGUCGGAGAAGCAGGCAUGCCGCUCGCUGAUAUCGCUCCCGGCCCAUCGCAGCUUCCGCUCACACACUACCUGAUGGGCACCACAGCCGCCUCCCCCUUCCAAGGCAAAGACGAGCACCUCGUCCCGGGCACAUUCUUCGUCUUCGCAGAUCUCAGCUGUCGGUACCCGGGAAAGUACAAGAUUCAGUUCCGACUGCUCAGAAUCGAUCCCCGGAAACUGACCCUGACGUCCGACUCUUCGCAUCCCGUCGUCGCGUCUGUGGAGACCGAUGUCUUCACGGUGUAUGCUCCGAAAGACUUUCCCGGCAUGCGAGCCUCGACUGCGCUCCUGAAAGCUUUGCACGAUCAGGGGCUAUACGUGAGUUUGAAGAAGGGGACGGAGGCGCGGAAGAGGAAGCGGAGGGCAUCGCAACGCGGAGGAGCGGUGGGGCUGUCUGAUGGCAGCGAAGUUGAUGCCGCCGAAUUUCUGGACGCAGACCCGACCGAGCUCACCGAGUCAAGGAUGAUAGCGCCAGGGAGAGGGAAGAGACGGCGACGAGAGUCGUGA